CAUAUAGACUAAUUCUCUAGCUUGUGAAUAGUCUCCCUUGCGCACGUCAAGGCUAUAGAUUUUCUCAGUCGUGGCUUUUAUACCAGAACUCAUCUAAAAAUGYCUUUUUUGCAACCAAUUCUGACCUUUAUAUCAGCUCACUGGCUCUCUAUUUCUGUUAUUACGAUCGCUAUAUCGUUCUUUCUGUACAGAAAAGUUAUCUAUCCGUUCAAACGCUCUACCAUCGUUGCUGCUGUUGGUAACCUUCCUGGACCGUAUCCAUUACCUCUCGUUGGAAACGCGCUCGACUUGUUUAAACACAAAGGACAGUUCGAGCUGUUGUUAGAUGCGUAUUAUAAGAAGUAUGGGAGUCUAUUUACUAUGAUAAUGUUCAGUACGAAACCUUCUGUCGUCGUUAAUGACCUCGAAAUGGCGAAGGAAAUACUCGUCAAAGAGUUUCAAAGCUUCCAUGAUCGACCGGUUAUUUUAAGUUUGCCCAAGCCAUUUGAUAGCAUGAUGACUACUGCUGUUGGAGAAACAUGGCAUCGCAUCCGUACCACACUCUCCCCAACAUUCAGUGCUCAUAAAAUGAAACUGAUGAUUCCRYUGAUAAACAARUCAUGUGACCUACUGGAGAAGAAGCUGGAUCAAGUGGCAGGGACUGGAGAGACAAUUGAUAUUUACAAAUAUUUUCAAGGUCUUACAAUGGAGGGAAUGUUAGCAACAUUCUUCGGUAUCGAGUCCAAUGCUCAGAAUGAUUACAAUGACCCAGCAUUCAAGGCAGCACGACAGAGUCUUGAGCAAGGCGGUUUUCAAAAAGCACUCAUCUUUUUUCUGUUCACUAUUCCUGGUGGCUUGAAGAUUAUGGAGUGGUUUCCAAGUAUUAUUGUCAGCCAUAUGAGGAACAUUGUUUCUUUGUCAAACAAAAUUAUUGAAGCCAGAAAGAAAAGUGAGCAAAGGAAUGUUAAGGACUUCCUUGACUUGAUGUUGACAAGCACAGAAAACGAAAGCUUACCAGAAAACAAAAGACUAACAGAAGAUGAAGUGAUUGCCCAGAGUAUUAUAUUUUUGAUGGCUGGAUAUGAUACAACUAGUAACACUCUGGCCAUGGUUUGUCAUAACCUCAUCACUAACCCAGAUGUCCAGGAAAAGUUACAGGAGGAAAUCGAUAAAGUGUGGAGUGAUGAAGAUCAGCCACCAUCAUACGAAGYCGUUCAGUCRUUACCUUACCUUGAUAUGGUGAUCUCGGAAACRCUUCGUCUCUACCCACCAGGAACUGCUAUCGUUAGAGAAUGCAGCAAAGACUGUGUUAUCAAAGGGCUACCCAUCAAGAAAGGAAUUCAAGUACUAAUCCUACCUUACAGUAUUCAUCGUGACCCUCAAUAUUAUCCUGACCCCGAGAAGUUUGACCCAGAACGCUUCAGCGCCGAGGCCAAGGCGUCACGUGAUCCCUACACCUACCUUCCCUUUGGUCAUGGUCCACGUAAUUGUAUUGGGAUGAGAUUCGCUCAGAUGGAGAUGAAGCUSGCUUUGGUUCGCAUCCUGAAGAGRUUCACUUUUGUGGUUGCACCAGAAACGAAGAUCCCUCCCGUGAUGAAGAUUAGGGCCGUUUUUGGGUGUGCCGAGGGUAUACAUCUUCGGGUUGAGCGUMGGCAGUAAAAUGAAUAGACCAGUUUCGAAUUUCAAAUUACCGCUGCGUUCCUUGAUUACWGACUCAUUUGCAAAGGGUUAGCCUCGUAUYAGUGUUUAAAUAUUCACAAAUACCAACGGUAAAGUAAAGAAUGCACAACUUCAACAAUACAAACACAAAAACUCGACGGACCUUGACUGGAACACGAGAAUAUUCUGCACAAAAUCGAGGCUAAGCCUGAGUAAAUGAGUCUGUAAUCAAAAAAAACACAGCGGUAAUUUGGAAUUCGAAACAGGUCUAUUGCUGAGUUGGAUGCUUGGAGCGGGUGAAGUUUGAUUGCUUUCUACUGUUUGGGCUGCCAAUGUUCGGACUAAUUCCCCACGCGGCAAAACGUGAAAACAGGCAACCCAUUCAUUAAAAAAGGAGGCUGCUACUUUGACGAGUUUUAAUAGGAUUGACAGUUUUUCAUAGAUACACUAUCUAUAGAGGAAGCUAGUUACUGAAAAAUCUUCCACAGGCAGCAAAGUUUGGAAUUUUCUCAUUUUUCUUUCCCUGGGUACUGCAGUUUUCCAUAUUCUGCGAACUUAGGCAUUUCAACGGCUUGCUGUGAAAUUGGUUURUCACUGACAUCAGUCRAGAACAUAGAAGGUACCAACUGAUUAUUUUUGAUUGACGGCAGCGAACUACCAAGAUUUCUGUGUGCAGCUUGUAACUACCAAUAUUGCAGAAUAUGGAAAACCACAGUAAAUAUUUUCCCAUAAAAAGUUUAAUUUCUAUGUUGUGGCAUUUUGUUGUUGUAUUCUUGUUGGUGGUGCCGUUGAUGUGGAUUCGUUCUAGGCUACUCAUUUGUCAGCUCUCCCAAAUCCAAAAUGGCGAACCCUUCAGAGCUAACUAUUCGUCUGAUGCAUCUGAUUCAUCACAUGCUUGACGUCAUGCCGAACAGCGAAGAGAGUAGCCUGUKCCUGUGCCUGGGGAUGGGACAAUGAUUGAUAAGGAUUUGUUGAGGUGGUAAUCAUGMAAUUAAUACCAUGGCACACGACACGAUAGAGAAACUGUUAUUUUAACAUGAUAUGCACAAUUUACUGAACUUUCUUUCAUUGGCCUAGUAAAAUCACUAACUCUAUAACAAAAACAUUCUAAAAGAUARAAAGCGAUUGAUAACCUAAAUAUAAAACACAUUUACAAAAUUA